GGUUUUUUGGGGUGGGCGGUGCUGCAGUUUCUGACGCGCAGCGAUGUACCCAAAUGUGCCCAGAGAUCAGCCUAUACCUUCCUCUUUUUUUGAGAUAACACACACAUACACACACUCACACUUACACACAUACACAUCAUCCCCGCCCCUCUCCAAUUUUUUAGAUGAAAGGGCUUUUGGAUUUUGGAUGACGCUCCGCAUCACGUGUUCAUAGGAAAUACACUCGCUAUGAUUUUUUUUUGGAGCUCCCUCGUCCUGCACUGCCGACCGUACUUUCUUUUUUCUUCUUUUUACCGUCUCCGCACAGCUGAGAGGUGGAAAGGUUUCCACGGAGCUACUGAUCCAUGUGACGGGACUCUGGAAGUGAGAGAAGGCAUGAGGAAACACUGUGAUAUCAUAGUGGCUGGUCCAUGACGCUAAACUUCACUCAGCCCUCUCCACAAUCCACCCACCCUCUGCUCUCAUCCCACCAGGCAACCAAUCACUCGCAGUCCCAUUCACAAAAAGCUGCACUAUGGCCAGCAAGAGGAAAUCCACUGUGCCCUGCAUGAUACCAUCCAAAUCCAAACAUUUGCGUGAGGAAAUCAUUCUGGGCUCACUACCAGAACUCCUACCAACAAUCCCAGAGGACAGCAUACUGAGCAUCUCCGGAGAGGAGACGAGCCACGUCUCCAGCUCCUCCAGAUCAGAAAGCGGCAGUGAGACGCAGAAAGGAGGUACAUACAGCUGCGUGGCCUGCAGGUUUGAAUCCAGAGAUCUGAACUACUUUUUGGAUCACAUGCACAACUGCCACUUAGACUUCAGGGCCCAGCCCACCUUCUACUGCCUAAACUGCAGGGUGUCAGUUGUACGCUUUGAGGCUCUUGCGUUACACAAUGCCAACUCCCAUCCUAAGAUAAUGGAGGGCUUAAUUACUGCUUCACUCAGUGUCAACAAGAGAGAUGGAGUCACAACUGUGGAGCAAAGUCUCUUCACGGACAGCGGAGAAGACUACAGAGAGUCCGGGAUCUCCCUUACCAAAACACCAAUUGCAAAGAUGAUGAAAGCCAAGGGGGAGCACAAAAAGAUAGUGAUUUCUCACACUGUGGAGGUACUAAAGAUAGACAUGGGAAAGGAUGUAGAUACUAAUGUGCCUGAACUCCAAAAUGGGGCUUUUUCUGGUGCCCCAGCUAUGCCGAGGAACGCCAUCAAUCACGUGAUUACCACGACGGCGUCCGACCAAGUCUUUCACCAGCACAGUCCCUCCCUUUACUCCUCGCUUUCUUCGGACUCCAUUAAAGAUCUUCCAAAGGUGAUGAUCCCCCUCAGCAGCAUCCCCACCUACGAUGCCGCUAUGGACACCAGCAGCUUUCUCAAGACAUCCUUUGGCAAGUUCCCAUACCCGACCAAAGCCGAGCUCUGCUACUUGACUGUGGUUUCAGAGUUCCCAGAGGAGCAAAUCAAACUAUGGUUUACGGCCCAAAGGCUAAAGCAGGGCAUCAGUUGGUCUCCGGAAGAGAUCGAAGAGGCCCGGAGGAAGAUGUUCAAUACUGUGUUCCAAGGCGGAGCGCCCCAGAAGCAGCCUGCUGCACCACGCCAGAGCAAUCACAUCAUAACCCACCACACCGCUCACCCAGGCUCCAAAGGACCAAAUUUCCAGGUGACCAAACUUCCCUACGGUAAUGUAAAAGCGAGGCCCGUUGGAGCCACGCAAGCCAGCAGUUCCACCCAUGCCCAUGUCACGCGGGUGUCCUACUCCGCUCCGGUGGCACCUGCCAUGUUCCCGUCUAUCAUCCGAACAGCACAGGUACAAAGCAAGAGUACGGAACCCACUGUGGAGCCUGACAAGAGCAACGGCCUGGAGGCGGCUGGGAACAGCGGUUGUGUCAGUAGCACCAGCAGCAGUCGAAGCAGCAGCAGCUGCAGUAGCAGCAGCAGCAUCAGCAGCUAUUCCAGCGUCAAUGGCAACGAGCCCAAGAAGUGUGCGCACAGCAUCAGCAGCCUAGCCGACAGUGAGAACAGAAUGGCCCCCAGCAAUAAUGACGAGCACUGUGUUCCUGAAAACACCGGCAAGCCCAACAUCAAAAGCAACAGUUUACCGCUUGGAUCCAACGGUUCCAACGGCGCCACGAGUGAAGCGAACACCACCAGCAAGCCCAAUGAAGACAGAGGACCAGAGCGGGCCGACCAUAACAGUAUUAGCACCAAAUCAACAAAUGACGGUGUCUCAAACCAGAACCACACAAAUAAAUGCCCGAAUGAAAGCACCAGCACCACAGUUAUCACCAAAAGUAACUCAUCCAUCACGGAUGAGGGUAAAAACAAAGAUUUUCCCACAAAAGGCAUGUCAAUCCUACAGCAGCUCAUUAAGGAGGACGACCAGUUUGUUGGAGACAAAGGCGACCCAGUAAAGAUCAACUUCAAGAGGCUGAAAAUGAGCAAACCAGAGUCUACAUCGGACAUUGUUCAUCAGGAACACAAGUCUGACGUUGAGAUGUCGGCUUGUCAUUCCUCAUUCUCCCCCCCUUGGAGCAACAAGACUCCCCAGCAGCUCCACAUCCUCCGACAAGCGUUCUCCAGCACCCGCUGGCCCAGCAGCCUGCAGUACGAGGAGCUGAGCGUCCAAACGGGCCUUCCCAAGUCCGAGGUGGUGCGCUGGUUCAGCGACAGCCGGUACAGCUACAAAAACGGACAGCUGAAGUGGCUGGAGACCUACCAGCGUCCACCUUCAGAGUCAGAAGCCGAGGCUGAGAAGAACUCAGCAGCAGCCAGAAAGGAAGCCGUUGAUGAAGACGCACAGCUAGAGGCGGAGCCAAACGCCGGGCAGCGAGCCGCAUGGCAGGAUUCCUACCCCCCGUUGCCGGCUCUAACGAGGUCAGAGGGCAGCGGCGCGCGAGCCGAGCAGUCCGCACAGCUGGGAGUCCCGCAGGAUCCCUGGGCAGACAGAGGAGAGGACCUCCAGCAGCAAAUGGCAAAUGAGUCGCUCAUCGAAUCCCAGCGUGACGCCAAUCAAGACAGAGAUCACCUAAGGAUGGAGCUGCUGGAGGUGUGACGAAACACCAACGAGCAACGUGAUGCCUGAAAGCUGGUUUUGGCCUCGGGGGUCCUAGAAAAUAAAAAUAAAAAAAAGAACAAAGUGUGUUUGUAAUGACAGCAAAUGUGAUUGUAGCUGGACCGUUUUACUCUGACUGUAACUGUGAAUACCCCCACCCUUCCUCCUCCUCUUCUUCCAUCUGCCAUCACUUCCAGCCAUCGUCAAAAGAAAGAACUUUUCACCUUCGAGUCCUGUGAUGUUUAAGGCUUUUACGCUUUUUUUUUGUUUUUUUUUGUGGUCGUGUGGGGAGGGUGCACAAUGAGGUCAGCGCGAGGGAUCAAAGAAAAAGAAAGAAAAGACGCACACUGUCUGGAAAACUGACUUGAAUGAGAGAAGACAGCUUAGGAUAGGGCAGAGAGGUAUUGUUUUUAGGCAAUAGGGAGAAAUUAUUAUAAUAUAUAUAAAUAUAUAAAAGUGUAUGUGUGUGAUGGAAAAUGCACUAUAGAUAAUGGUUUGUACUGACUGGACAAACAUGAGAUGUGUCAAAAAAUGUUAUUGUUGGAUUUGUGAUAUUUUUUACUUUUAUUUUUUAGCAAAAAGUGUUUCAGCACUGCCUUGACUAUUACUUUUUCUGUUGUUUGGUUUUCAAUCUAUCUACUCUUCUAUAUUCACUGUAAGUCCAGAUGCAAUCAAACAUGUUUUUGGAUCUGUAUACAGUAAAUGUUGAUAAUCACUUUGCAGUUCAGCUACAUGCAAGAGGCUAUAAACAAUGCACUAAUGAAGACAGUGAUGCUUUAAAAAAAAGAUAAGGAAAAAACAAAAAAAAAAAUACCCUGCUUUACAGUUAAAGUAUUGACAGCUCAGUGGAGAUCAAUACACUACACUGCCCUGCAAACUGAACAGACAAGCCUGUCACGCUAAUGUUGCCUUACUCAGCUCCAUCUGUGUGUUUCUAUGACCUGUUUGUCCAUAACCUUGCUUUUCAGCUACUGUGCAGUCCAGAUAUGAUGUAGGAGGAAGAAAAAAAAAGUACAUGGGAGUUUAUUGGUGGUCACUGUUAGUCUAUUUCUGUGAAAAGAAAAAAAAACACAAAAAAAGAACAUUCAAUUUGUGCUGCUUUUGUACAGUUGGAGAUGUUUAAGCUGUAAUCAUUUUUAAAUGGUGUUGCUGGAAGGGAAAAGAAAAAAAAAAAGAAAUCCUCCAAAGCAAAAUUCUCAAUUUGAUCCCAAGACACCGAAAGUGAGACAUUGUGGUAGCUAGAGAGCCAAAUGAGCAGAUCUUUACACUCCUCUGAAUUUUCUUGUUUAUAUAAACAUACAUCCACUACAUGAAUCCUAUAAAGCUGCAUCUUUGUCAAGCUGCUAAUAGCUAAGAACGGUGCUAUACCAUCCAAAGUGAAAUUGGAGUCUGAUCUCCUACCAGCAGUGUAUGCACUUGUGUCGAAUGUUGCAAAUUUAUUUUGGUUUGACAUCAAUGGAAAUCUGGACUUGCGGUGUAAAUGAUCACUUAAAAUUUUUAUGGAAGUAGUCUGAUCAUAGAACACUGUUGUGUCGUCCUUUCUACAGCUCUGAAUCUUUACAGAAUAAACUAAAUACUCACCAAUCA